AUGUGAUGCAGACCUUCACGUGUAAACACGACAUAACGGUUUCCGAAACUCAGUUUUCGUGUUUCGGAAGAUGUGACGCAUGUAAAGCUACACCCGUUCUGUAGAGAUUAGACUGCGGGAGGAACAUGGACAUAGAACGUAAAUAAUAUCUAUGGUCUACGAACACGAAGGAAUUAAUUUUUUAUUCCAGAGAUAGUUAGACGCUAAUGUCUUUAAUUGUGGAAUGUAUAUCUUUGGACUUAUGGGCGUGUUGUUGUUCUUCGUAACCGCAAUUAUUGUCGCAAUCAUUAAUAAACACAGUGCGGAGUGCAAUUUUCUUUUUAAUCGCUUUGCUUGUACAGUGGCAACAUUCACCAGAUAAUUCACUUUAUGAUUUAAAUCGGCUAAAUGUUCUUCAGUGGCUAAUUAUUUACUGGAUUGGAUUGUUUAUUUGGUUUUCUGAAUUAGGCAUUGUAUUGACGUUUGUUUGAGUGCAGGCUUAUUUGCAAACAACAAACGUUCCACAAUGAACUAUGGACGGAAGACCCCAAGUAUGGGGACACCAUCUGUCUAUUCUCAUAUGACAAACAGGUCCUCUGCAGGUUUAAAAUCUUCUCGGUCACUUCGAUCAUUAAAAACACCAUGGUAUCAGAAACCAAUAUUACAAGAUGCCAUUAUCCUUGAUUUACAAAGAGGAGCUCUUGUGGUAGCUGUUUAUUCACUGGUUCUCAGUCUGUUUACAAUCAGCACGGCUGUAUUUGAUAUUUACUGCCUUGCAAUGGCAACUCCUGGAUCGACUCAUUACGGAUAUUACAUUAUCAGCUUUGAAUUUGUUUAUGUUGGCAGUUUGCAUGUUCGAAACGCACUUGUUGUGUUUGCAUUGUUUUCAUUAAUUGGAGGAAUGGCUCUAUUCGUGACAAGCAUCAUGCUAAUUAUUGCUCUUCGAAAGGAAUAUGAGAAGAAGAUGGUACCAUGGAUUUAUUGCUUUGCAGCAUUUACACUGUUCCGAUUAUUUGCCUUCGUAUUUGCAUCUAUUGUGAAUGACAUGAUAUUUUCGUACAAUAUUGCCAUGUGCUUUUUGUGGAUUAUGUUUUCGGCUGCUAAUGUGUAUGGCUUUCUCUUGGUAUAUUCCCUGUACCUGGAACUUUGUGAUUUGACAAAGCUAGAAGAUCUGGCACAUUUAAGAAUGGGCACAAUGACAUCUUUGAAUGCGUCUACUACCCACUCCAUAGCAGGAUCUCGACCAACGACACCCCAUAGCACAGUCUCAACAGCUCCGGCAACAGGAUUUUGAAAUAUGUAGACAGGACUUGACAUAAAAUGACAAAGAAUUGAAAUUAGCAAUGUGGAUGGUCCCACUUUUCUACAAAAUAAUUCACACGUGAUGAGCGCUGCUAAUAAACAAACAUUAUUUUUACAAAUAUUAUUUUUUGCGUGAUGCCAUUUGUCAGUAGUUUAAGAUUUUUGCAUUUAGAACAUAACUUGGUCAUAUUUACCCAUCAGUUUUGAAGAAUAAGUGCAGUUUUUGGUGUCAUGCCAGCAUUUUGCACUACUUGUCAUAAAACAUGUGCAGCUGUAAACCACAAAUGCACUUGAAAGAUUUUGUCUAUGAAUUCAGUUUAAAAAAAAAGGCAGGCUUUAAUGUUUCUGUUAUUUCACCUGUUGUCAUGAGAUUCUUUUCCUCUGUGAGAAGUACUUAAUUUGACAGCAUUGUAAUGUAUGUAUACUCGCAAAGAAAAAGUUCUUGAAUCUCAUUUGUGUUUUGGAAGAAUGUAUCGUGAUUGCGAGUCUUCACUUUACAGUAUAAUACUAGAAAUGUUAUUGUCUUCUCUAUUGCCGUCGAACAGUUCAUUGUCAUAAGAAAAACUGUGUUCACAGAUUAUUCAUAUAUUUCACAUACAAACAGUGAUUUUAAAAGUGAUAGUUGUCUUAUCUAUAAGUCACUUACGGCUUCACUGUAGCUGGACAGUGUAUAUUUUUGAUAGAUACUAUAAAAGUGAGAUUAAUUGGAUCAAAAGGAAAGUUCGCUUGAAAAAACUGUUAAAUUUCAGGCAGACAGAACGACUGACCAACACUUACACUUAAGAUGGGAAAGUUAAAAUACUGCUGAUACAUAAAUUUGAAUGUAGGAAGUAAAAAUAACAUUUAGCCACCAUAACUGUUGUCCUUUUCUGUGGGAGAAAAGACGGGUAGCUUGGGGAAGGUUGGAAGGAGGAGCAUGUAACUUUGACAGAUGUCCCAGUUUGGGGGCUGUGUAACCUGCACCUCUUUCUCGUCAGCGUCCAAGGUAUUCCUCUUUUCUCCUUGACGAAGUACUAGCAGUUCUGAAAACUAGACAUUAUUGUUUCUAUUUUUAAAUUUGCAUUUUUGGUACACAUAUAAUACUGCCUCACGAUGUCAAAUACUGGUCAGCAAUGCCAUCUACUUGUAUACUGAUUUGUCAUACAGAGACUUUGUGCAUUUAUACUAAUUUCAGUCCAAUCAGUAAAAAUGUGGUAUAUUACAGAAUUUAAACUUUUGCACUAUAAUUAAUGAUUUCCAAGUUCCUGGCUUUGCAACAGAGUUAAUGUUAUCAUUCUCCUUCAACAAGAUUUUGACAACCUCCCUAAAUGUCUUUGUCAGGUGUCAGUUGCAGCCUCUGAAGUGGCCUUAAAUUCUGUAAGAUUUUUAUUCUUUGACAGUGCUUGUAAAUAUCACUAGAGUGGUGGUGUCCUGUCCACAGUUUUGUUGGAGUCCAGAUGGUAAGCAUUGAACUCUGCACAUGACACCUCAUGAAGACAACGAGAGAAGUUGUGAGAAUAUCAUGGAAGGACGAACCUUUCAGUUUGUUUUGACACAUCCCACUGAAUGAAAACUGUGUGCCAGCCUUGGUCCAAACCCAGAACAGCUGUCGGGGCACAACUUGUGAUUCACCCUCACAACUUACUGGCAGAAGUAAUGUUGUGAGUUGCGCCUGGAUGGCUGUCAUUAAGAGCAUUGCCUGCUAAAGGCACUGUUCUGUGUUAGAGUUUGAAUCUGGCACACAAUGUUCAUCUGUCAGGAAGUAUCAUAGAAGAAAAGUGACAACUAAUCUGGUAGCAAAACCCAGAAACUUGGAAAGGUAGCUGUGUGGACUUCGGCAGUAUUAAAGAAAGAAAAAAAAUAUUUUUGUUGUGGAAGACUAUUAAUCUUUACUUCCUGCUAUGAGGAGCUCCUUCUAUUUUAAUAAAUAUUAUAUUGUGAGGUACCAAAAGAUUCAUUUCAGUAUUAAAACAGAGUUUUUUUAGUACAGUGUAUUUAGUUAUCAUCAGUAUUCUUGGUUAUUUCGUAAUAAUUGGGGAUGGAACAUGUAUCAAAUAAUAUUGUUGUGUGUAAAAGGUCAUGUGGAGUUAUUUGCUGUGCAGCAUUUAAAGUAAUUGUCAUGUCAGUCAUGUAGCUGGCACAAUAACUGUAUAGCAUUGUUUGAAUCUGUUUGUUUUUAUUGAACUGGAGAAUCUGCACUUUUUAUUGUGUUUUAUGUGCUACUAUGUCCCUAUUUUUUAACUAAUUCAUUAUUAUGACUGGUCAGAGUAUAUCUAAGUGACAAGUUUACAUGUCCAGUAAAAUAUUGAUGUGUUAUAUCACAUUUGUGUAUAUCAUGAGCUUGCAAAUCCGUCCAACUUUUUAUUAUAUUUCUUAAAUAUUUUUUGAUUAUACAGAUUACAAUAAAUAUUUUAAUGAAUUUGA